GUGCACGCGCGUCAUUAUUCUGCGACUGUUGAAGCACAUGUGGAAUAUAAAUUCGCUUCCAUCAGUUUUAACAGACACAAGGAGAGCGUGUUGUACAAAAUGAGUGAGGACGUAGAACGUAUGUUGAUCCAGUUUCAGGAUGAGGGUGGCGAGCCUCUUGGAUCCCCGUUUGACGUCCCACUAAACAUAACACCUGAUAAGUUACAGCUGGUCUGCAAUGCACUCCUCCAGAAGGAAGAGCCAGUGCCACUGCUGUUCUUUGUGCGUGAUGCUGAGGUGGUCUCUUCACUCGGGGCCUGUGUACAGACGCUCGGUGUGGAGACAGAGCAGGUUCUGCCAGUGGUGUACCAACCUCAGGCCGUGUUCCGUGUGAGAGCCGUAGCCCGCUGUACCAGCUCUUUAGAGGGUCACACCGAGGCUGUCAUCUCGGUGGCUUUUAGUCCUACGGGCAAAUACCUGGCGAGUGGGUCUGGAGAUACAACCGUGAGAUUCUGGGAUCUGACCACUGAGACUCCUCAUCACACCGCCAAAGGACACACACACUGGGUUCUCUCCAUAGCCUGGUCUCCAGAUGGCAAAAAGUUGGCAUCAGGAUGUAAGAACAGCCAGAUUUUCCUGUGGGACCCAGUAACAGGACAGCAGAUAGGGAAGACUCUGACUGGACACACUAAAUGGAUCACCUGGUUGUGCUGGGAGCCACUGCACCUGAAUCCCGAGUGCAGGUAUUUAGCCAGCUCGUCUAAAGACGGCUCCGUUCGUAUAUGGGACACAGUUCUGUCUCGCUACGAUAAGAUCCUGACGGGCCACACGCAGUCAGUGACCUGUGUGAAAUGGGGAGGAGACGGCCUGUUAUACACUUCAUCUCAGGACAGGACUGUUAAAGUCUGGAGGGCCAAAGAUGGGGUUCAGUGUCGGACGUUGCAGGGUCAUGCCCACUGGGUAAACACGCUGGCACUCAGUACUGACUAUGUCCUCCGAACAGGAGCCUUUGAGCCAGCUACAGCUACGAUCAACCCUCAAGACCUUACUGGCUCAUUGGACGAGAUCAAAGAGAGAGCCCUGCAGCGGUAUCAAAAAGUCAGGGGUGAGGGUCCUGAGAGACUGGUGUCUGGUUCUGAUGAUUUCACACUGUUUCUGUGGAACCCGGCGGAGGAGAAGAAGCCUGUGGCACGUAUGACCGGACAUCAGGCACUGGUGAAUGAGGUGCUGUUCUCUCCUGAUACACGACUACUCGCCAGCGCUUCCUUUGACAAGUCGAUUAAGAUCUGGGAUGGCAGGACUGGCAAGUAUUUGACGUCACUCCGUGGUCACGUAGCUGCUGUCUACCAAGUAGCCUGGUCAGCAGACAGUCGUCUGUUGGUGAGCGGAAGCAGUGACAGCACACUGAAGGUGUGGGAUGUGAAGACAGGCAAACUAAACGUGGAUCUACCUGGACAUGCUGAUGAAGUAUUUGCAGUAGACUGGAGUCCCGAUGGGCAGAGAGUGGCCAGUGGUGGUAAAGACAAGUGUCUACGGAUAUGGAGAAGAUAGUUGACAGGUUUCAGCCCCUUUUUCCUGCAUUGACCGACCAAUCAGGUUCCUCACGAUCAUCAUUCAGCGGCCCACCCCUCGUAACGACGGACAGCUGUGUCAGACCCCACAAGGGCAGUGGGUAAUUAGGUUAUGGUUCAUCAAACUGAGUCAGCUAAGAGGACAGACGCAGCAUUGUGCCCUAGCAGACUGGAGAAAGAGAAGCAGGUUCUGCUUGUGAUGAAAACUUACUAGUACAUGGACCCACCUUAGAUGGCCUGGUGUUUCUGCAACCCCCUCACUUACUGACUAUAAAACCCCUAAAGCUAAAUAUGGAGUGUAUAGUGGAUCAUAAUAAAAAAUUUUAAAUAAGA